AUGGCAAGACAGGGAGGCGUGCAGAGCAGGGGUGUUGCUAGAAUAUCUGGACUUUCAAAAGGAUUCUCAGUAAGAAAUGAAACUAUAAAUAUAAAGCGGACUCUAUUUCUUAAGCCAGCCACACACUCUUCCAGAAACAGUAUAACAUGGGCAUCUAGUGUAUAUAUACUUAUGUGUAUAGUAAUUCUUGCUGUUUUAAUUAACACACAGACUGCUAUAAUAUAUGAAAGUAUUAAUAAGGGAGAAUUAGUGCUUCUACUGUGUGCUCCAAAUCCUUUAUAUGUAUUCUUUAUGUGCUGCUUGAUUUUAAUAAUGUCUUAUGUAUAUAUGAAGGUAUUUAAAAUAUCUAUGAGCAAGGCAUCCUAUGUUAUGAUUCUGUCUUUUUCUGUGGGCAUUCCCAUUCUCAUAUUGGACAGCAUAGCAUACCUUUUACUAAAAAAACAUUUGGUGGCAGCGUAUAAUCUUAUAGCAGGAAUGCUUCCCUUUAUUAUUAUAGGAAUUCUUUCACAAUACAUUGCUAGUAUAAAUUUAGCAGAUUCAGUGGCUCCCACAGAGGACGGAAGAACCAAUAUAUUGCGGCAAUUAACCAUAGUUAUAGGAAAUUUCAUCUGUGCCGUUUUAUUUUACUUAACACUAUUAUACUUUAGGGAAAACAUGAUUUUAUUUAACAGAUUACCCGAAAAAUCUAAAUAAUAUUUAACUACUAUAUGUGCAGAACGUAUAAAAGGUGU